AGCCGCUCUCCGGUUCCCGAGCGCUUGCCCGCGCCCGGCCCGCGCCCGACCCGCCCCGCGGGGCUCCGCCUCCGUGCUGCGCCCCCCUCCCCAGCACGGGAAGCCGAAACAGGCGCGGCGAUGACCGUGGCGGCGCAGGAAGAGACGGUCAUGGCUGGAGAGGCCGCGUGGGACCCGAAUGAAGGCGAAGGUGGUGCUGACAAUUUCGAGGACGAUGUAGACGAGGAGAUCGACGACGGGCAAGGAGCGCCCGGCACGGGGCCCUACGAGACGCUGGCCGUGCAGGGGCCGCGCAGCUCGGAGGGCAGCACGGGGCACCCUGAAGAGUGCCUGCCGUGCACGUUUUACUGCUUCACCCGGCGGGGCUGCAACCGCGGCACCGAUUGCCGCUUCUGCCACCUGGUUCACCAGUCCAAGCUUCAGCUGCGCCGCGAGUCCUGGAAGAAGCAGCAGCGGGACAAGCGGAAGGCGAUCCGGGAGCGCAUGGCGACCGAGGCGGCGCCGCGCCGGCUGCCGGCAGGCCCAGGCAAUGGCCAGGGUGCGCCGCCGCUGCUGCCCCAGGGCGGCGCCGCCCGCGGCACCGAGGGCGCGAGGGCCGCGGCGGCGAGGGCUGGCAAGAGCCUCCAGGGGGCCGGCAGGGCCGAGCUGGGGCCCGACAGCGGGAGGCCCAACUGCGAUCAUGCGAUGUUCUGCUACUCGUUGGAUGAGCAGAUCUACACCGUUGGCCAGGACGUGGAGCUCACGCCGCAGGUCAUGAUGGACGUGUCGGCCUUCCGGCUCACCACACCGCUGCCGCCAGGGCUGGCGCUGGACCGCACAUCAGGUGCGAUCCAUGGUACCGCGACGGCGGCGGCCCCGGCCUCCACCGUGGUCGUGGAGGCGGACGUGCAAGGUGGCGGCGCGAUGCGGGCGACCAUCGACAUGGAGGUGAUCGACUUCACUCGCGGCGGCUACGUUAUGGGCCACAUGUCGGAGGUCGAGAAGGGCAGGUUCAUGAUGCUGCUCUACACUCCAGACGCUGACGAGAAGAUCGGUGGCGCGGAGGGGCCCUACCUUCCGCUUGGCUAUGCCAUGCCGGGGUACUCCGUCGACUGCGUGGCCGCUCCUCCGAUCCUGCCGGGCUUCUGCGGCGUGGACCUGUCCUCCGCGGCGCAGAAGGCAUUUCCCGGUGCUUCAGGCGAUCAACCGCAGGCGCGCGCCAGCAGGGCGGCGGCCGCCCCGACAAGUCCCAGGGC